GCCGCGGGCGACACGGCCGAGCCGUGCUCGUUGAGGGACUCCGCGGGCGCUGGUGGCGGUGCCCGCGGCGAAGGCGGCUCGGCUCGCCGGCGGGGGGGCGCCGAGCGGCUCGCGCUCCUCGCCGUGCCGGCCAUGCCGCUGCCGCCGUCGCCAG